AUGUCCCGAUCGAAGCCCGCCCCAAUCGGCAUUGUCGGCGGUGGUCUCGGGGGGCUUACAUUUGCGCGUCUUCUCGAAUGUGCCGGUAUUGACUAUGUCGUAUUUGAGCGCGACGCAUCCUCAGUGCCAGAGCCGGGCUACCAGGGUGGUACAUUGGACAUCCACGGCAAGACAGGUCAGGAGGCACUGCGACGUGCCGGUCUACACGACCAAUUUGAAAAGCUAGCGCGCCGCGAUGCGACGAGAAUGACUGUCCAGAGCUACAAGGGUGAAUCUCGCACGACGUUUGGCGAGAAGCGUGAUGCCCCCGAAAUCGACCGGCUACAGCUGCGGCAGAUGCUGCUGGAUUCCCUACCAGGACAUCGUGUUCGCUGGGGUAAGGCGCUGUGUACUGUUGAGCGCGAUGAGCACCAAAAGCAAGUGAGCGCCCCAAAUAUUGUGCUACACUUUGCAGAUGGAUCGACGGAGACCGGAUUCCGGCUUGUUGUGGGUGGUGAUGGCGCGUGGAGUAAAGUGCGACAGCUGAUAACACCAGCCAAACCAGACUAUGCAGGUAUCAUGUUCAUCGAGGGCCACCUGUCCCUCGACAAUCCACAGUACCUUGCCGCGCACGAGAUGGUCGGUGCCGGCAACUCCAUCGCCAUGAGCGCGAACGCCAUCCUGUGCAUUCAGCAAAUGUCGGACCGCUCAUAUCGUGUGUAUAUGGGCAUCAAGGGCCCACAGGACUUGACCCGACUUGGUGGCGAGCUCGAUGUGGCCAACGUUGACGAGACACGUGCGGCGCUGCUUGCGCCUGCUGGAUUCUUUGGCGACUGGGCAGAGCAUCUGCGCGCCUUUGUGUCUGGUGCCGAGGGCCCCUGGCGCGUGUGGCCAUGGUGCAGACUCAACCCCAAUGUGCUCAUACCGGCAGCUGAUUGUAUUGCUCACGGUAGCAACCAGAGCCGGAAUGGCUGGAAGCGCUCGUCGGGUGUUGCGCUGAUUGGAGAUGCGGCGCAUCCCGCAUCACCGAAUGGUGAAGGUGUCAAUCAAGCCAUGUACGAUGCAAUGUUGCUGUUUGAGAGCAUAAAGGGUGAACUCGGUGACAAAACAGAUUUGGAGUUCAAUGAGAAGGUGGAUUCAGAGGCGCUGGAGCGAGCAAUCUCUACCUAUGAGGCCGAGAUGCUUCCUCGCGGCCGCGACCAUAUCCGGGACGGCAUGAACGUGGAGAAGAUGUUCUUUGGCGAGAAUGCGGCCUCAACUCUGAUUGAGAAAUUCAAUGAAAUGCAGCAUCAGGGUACCAAGCCGCCAAUGAAAGCUUGA